AUGGAUAACAUAGAGCUGAACAACCUUAACCAACUGGAAGGAGCUGAAGGAGGUGAAGGAGGUGAGGACGAAACAAACAUUGACAAUACAUUCCCCAGCGAAGACGACUUUCAAGCUGGAAUAGAUAGACUAGACAGGCAAGACGACAACGUAAGGGUCUCUACCUUCCACGAGGAAAACAAGGACGAUACAUUUAAAAAAAGGGAAAAGGAGACAGAUCGUUUGUACGCAGUCGGAUCGUUUAACGAAUUAAAAGCAGAAUAUGUUAGAAAGCUUUUCGUAAAAGACUACAGUUUAAACCCAAACGACGGACAAUUUUCUAGAGAGUUUUUUUCUCGCCUAGACAUUGAUAAAUAUAAAUUAACAUUUGACGGAACCGCAGUAGCAUACAUCGAAAAGGAUGGUACCUACAAAUUAUCGCGGGACAAGAAGUAUUUAGAAAAUUAACAUAAUUUCCUCGAAUUAUCCGACAAGGCAAUAGAAGAGCAUAGGGUUAAAGCCAUAAGCACAAUUGAAGAGGAAACCGGAGGAGAAACAUCAAGAACAAACGCAGAAGAAAUUUACGAGGAUGCUAGGGAAGAACUACAUCAGGAAGAUACCACUGUAGGUAAUACCUUUACAGAACGUGUAUUAAGAUUGCAAGCAAGGGGAAAACUAACCGUACAGGAAGCUAGGGAUCUUGCUGGAAUACCCGUCGCUAAGGGUACUCCAGAAGAAAAGAUCAAAUACCUAAGAAUAGAAAGUAAAAGACUGGAGGAGGAACUAAAAACUGAAACAGAUCCGGAAAAACAGCAGGCCAUGCAGGAAGGUAGGGAUAUCGCCGAGCGGGGUAUAGAUAACGCCCUGCUAGAAAUGGGACGACAGCCCGAAUCGGAGGGAAAACACAAGUUUAGGGAAAAAGUAAGGGAAGACAACCGAACAAAAUUUGGAAAAUUCCGCAAAUGGGCAAAGGAAAACCUAGGUGCAUUAGCCGCCAUUGCUAUUUCUAUCGCUGGAAUCAUCACCACAGUCGUGGUGGCCGGUAAAAAGACCAUCGUAGGAGCAUCCAAAGGACUAGGAGCCGUAGGAUAA